CUCUGUCUGGACUGCCUGCGCUGCAGCCCAGGGAUCCGAUCGAGGGGGGAAGAAAAGGGGCGCUUGGGAGCAGCCCCCAGCCCCCUCCCCCGGAGGCACAGAGGGCGGGGGGCCCAGGCGAAUGGCUUUCUUGCUGGCCACUUGCGGAGGAUUGGAUUCAGGAUUUGUUCCUAGUGUUCAAGACUUUGAUAAGAAACUUACAGAGGCUGAUGCUUACCUACAAAUCUUGAUAGAACAAUUAAAGCUUUUUGAUGACAAGCUUCAAAACUGCAAAGAUGAUGAACAGAGAAAGAAAAUUGAAACUCUCAAAGAGACAACAAAUAGCAUGGUAGAAUCAAUUAAACACUGCAUUGUAUUGCUGCAGAUUGCUAAAAGUACUAUUAAUCCUGUAGAUGCAAUAUAUCAACCUAGUCCCUUGGAACCUGUGAUCAGCACAAUGCCUUCCCAGACUGUCUUACCUCCAGAACCUGCUCAGUUGUGUAAGUCAGAGCAGCGUCCAUCUUCCCUACCAGUUGGACCUGUAUUAGCUACUUUGGGACAUCAUCAGACUCCAACACCAAAUAGUACAGGCAGUGGCCAUUCACCACCUAGUAGCAGUCUCACUUCUCCAAGCCAUGUCAACUUAUCUCCAAAUACAGUCCCAGAGUUUUCUUAUUCUAGCAGUGAAGUUGAAUUCUAUGAUGCUGAUGAAUUCCAUCAAAGUAGCUCAUCCCCAAAGCGCCUAAUAGAUUCUUCUGGAUCUGCCUCAGUUUUGACACACAGCAGCUUGGGAAAUAGUCUGAAGCGCCCAGAUACCACAGAAUCACUGAAUUCUUCUAUGUCCAAUGGGACAAGCGAUGCUGACCUUUUCGAUUCACAUGAUGAUAGAGACGACGAUGGGGAGGCAGGGUCAGUGGAGGAGCACAAGAGCGUUAUCAUGCACCUCUUCUCACAGGUUAGGCUUGGAAUGGAUCUCACUAAGGUAGUUCUUCCAACAUUUAUUCUUGAAAGAAGAUCUCUUUUAGAAAUGUAUGCAGACUUUUUUGCACAUCCGGACCUGUUCGUGAGCAUUAGUGACCAGAAGGAUCCCAGGGAUCGAAUGGUUCAGGUUGUGAAAUGGUACCUCUCAGCCUUUCAUGCAGGAAGGAAAGGAUCAGUCGCCAAAAAGCCAAACAACCCCAUUUUGGGUGAAAUCUUUCAGUGUCAUUGGACAUUACCAAAUGAUACUGAAGAGAAUACGGAGCUAGUUUCAGAAGAACCAGUACCUGGGGUUUCCAAAAACAGUGUAACAUUUGUGGCUGAGCAGGUUUCCCAUCAUCCACCUAUUUCAGCCUUUUAUGCAGAGUGUUUUAAUAAGAAGAUACAAUUCAAUGCUCAUAUCUGGACCAAAUCAAAAUUCCUUGGAAUGUCAAUUGGGGUACAUAACAUAGGGCAGGGCUGUGUCUCGUGUCUAGACUAUGAUGAACAUUACAUUCUCACAUUCCCCAAUGGUUAUGGAAGGUCUAUCCUCACAGUGCCCUGGGUGGAAUUAGGAGGAGAAUGCAAUAUUAAUUGUUCCAAAACGGGCUAUAGUGCAAAUAUUGUCUUCCACACUAAACCUUUCUAUGGGGGCAAGAAGCACAGAAUUACUGCUGAGAUUUUUUCUCCAAAUGACAAGAAGUCUUUUUGCUCAAUUGAAGGGGAAUGGAAUGGUGUAAUGUAUGCAAAAUAUGCAACAGGGGAAAGUACAGUCUUCGUAGAUACCAAGAAGUUGCCUAUAAUCAAAAAGAAAGUGAGGAAGUUGGAAGAUCAGAAUGAGUAUGAAUCUCGCUGCCUUUGGAAGGAUGUCACUUUCAAUUUAAAAAUCAGAGACAUUGAUGCAGCAACUGAAGCAAAGCACAGACUUGAAGAAAGACAAAGAGCAGAAGCCCGAGAAAGGAAGGAGAAGGAAAUUCAGUGGGAGACCAGGUUAUUCAUGAGAAUGGAGAAAUGUUGGGGUUUUUAUGGAAUGAAACCAUUAUACGUCUUGGUGCUUGCCCAAGCAUUUAAGCUGGGGGAAUGGCAAAGUUUUACAUCUGAUGACCAGUAG